GGCACAUCUUUCCCUCUUUCCCAGACCAAACCAGGUAGGAGCGGAGGGAAAAGGUGCGGCGCAAGAGGCCCCUGGCUGCUCCCAAGUAGAUCUCUAUUUGUCCUCCUUCCAUCCCCGCGAGGGAGCCCCUUCUGCGAUCCCCGCUUCUCUGAGGGGGAAGGCGUUGGGCAGCCCAGGUGCCGUGAGAGGGUCUACGGGGACCACGCGCGGGCUGCGGGGCGCGCCAAUGCCCGCGACUUCGGGGCGGGGAGGAAAGAGUUAAAGAUCCAGGACUGGCUCUCCGGUCGCGGGGGCUGGGAGGGGAGCAGCCGGGAGGGAGGGCUCGGAGCUUGGCUCCGGUCCUCCGCAGUCCCCCCCGGACAGCCGGAGACUUGCGCCGGCCGGACGCCCCUCUGGCACACUCCCUGGGACGGCGCUCGCGCACGCAUGCAAACACCCACACUCCGCUCUCCCUCCCUCGCGCCCUCUCCCAUCCUUCUCCCCGGGCGCCCUCUCACACUCGCCUCUCGCUAACACGCGCGCUCUCACUCCCACCCUGGCCCUCCCCGCCCCGGCGCACCUCUUGGGCGCCCACCUGCUCCGCAGCGCCCUCCGCGCGCCCCUGCGCUCCCGGCCCGGCCCGUCGCAGCUGGUGGGGGCAGCGGGCCCCGGGGUGAGCGCCCCCAUCCCGCUCCUCCUCCCUCCCACGGGUCGCGCCCGAUGCCCGGGGCUGGCCGCUGAGCCCGAGGGGACCGAGGAGGCCACGGUGGGAGCGCUCGCCCGCCGCGGGGGCCCGCUGAGGCCAUGCUGCGCCCCAGGCGCCCCGCAGUCGCUCGCCGGAGCCUGCCUCUGCUUCUGGCGGCGCUGCUGCUGCUCCCGGGCAGCCACGCGGGCAACCUGACGGUGGCCGUGGUUUUGCCGCUGGCCAACACCUCAUACCCGUGGGCGUGGGCGCGCGUGGGACCUGCCGUGGAGCUGGCUCUGGCCCGGGUGAAGGCGCGGCCCGACCUGCUGCCCGGCUGGACAGUCCGCACGGUGCUGGGUAGCAGCGAGAACGCGCUGGGCGUGUGCUCCGACACCGCCGCGCCGCUGGCCGCGGUGGACCUCAAGUGGGAGCACGACCCCGCGGUGUUCCUGGGUCCCGGCUGCGUGUACGCCGCCGCGCCGGUGGGGCGCUUCACCGCGCACUGGCGGGUGCCGCUGCUGACCGCGGGCGCGCCGGCGCUGGGCUUCGGGGCCAAGGACGAGUACGCGCUGACCACCCGCGCGGGGCCCAGCCACGCCAAGCUGGGCGACUUCGUGGCGGCGCUGCACCGACGGCUGGGCUGGGAGCGCCGGGCGCUCGUGCUCUACGCCUACCGGCCGGGGGACGACCAGCGCUGCUUCUUCUUAGUGGAGGGGCUGUACAUGCGCGUCCGCGACCGCCUCAACAUCACGGUGGACCACCUGGAGUUCGCCGAGGGCGACCACGACCACUACACCAUGCUGCUGCGCACCGUGCGGCGCAAAGGCCGAGUUAUCUACAUCUGCAGCUCCCCAGAUGCCUUCAGAACACUGAUGCUUCUGGCCCUGGAAGCCGGCCUGAGUGGGGAGGACUAUGUUUUCUUCCACCUGGACCUCUUUGGGCAAAGCCUGCAAGGUGCACAUGGCCUUGCUCCCCGAAGGCCCUGGGAGAGAGGGGACGGCCAGGAUGUCAGUGCCCACCAGGCCUUUCAGGCUGCCAAAAUCCUCACAUACAAAGAGCCGGACAACCCUGAGUACUUGGAGUUCCUGCAGCAGCUGAAACAUGUGGCCCGCGAGCAGUUCAACUUCACCCUAGAGGAUGGCCUGGUGAACACCAUCCCUGCGUCCUUCCACGACGGGCUCCUGCUCUAUGUCCAGGCAGUGACAGAGACUCUGGCACAUGGAGGAGCUGUCACCGACGGGGAGGGCAUCACUCAGCGGAUGUGGAACCGAAGCUUCCAAGGUGUGACAGGGUACCUUAAGAUGGACAGCAAUGGAGAUCGGGAGACCGACUUCUCCCUCUGGGAUAUGGAUCCUGAGACUGGUGCCUUCAGGGUUGUUCUGAACUACAAUGGGACUUCCCAAGAGCUGGUAGCCAUGUCAGGACACAAGCUGAACUGGCCCUCGGGUUACCCACCUCCUGACAUCCCCAAAUGUGGCUUUGACAAUGAGAACCCCACGUGCAACCAAGACCACUUUUCCACCCUGGAGGUGCUGGCUUUGGUGGGCAGCCUCUCCCUGCUUGGCGUUCUGAUCGUCUCCUUCUUCAUAUACAGGAAGAUGCAGCUGGAGAAGGAACUGGCCUCAGAGCUGUGGCGGGUGCGUUGGGAGGAUGUUCAGCCCAGUAGCCUUGAGAGGCACCUCCGGAGCGCAGGCAGCCGGCUGACCCUGAGUGGGAGAGGCUCCAAUUACGGCUCCCUGCUCACCACCGAGGGCCAGUUCCAAGUCUUUGCCAAGACAGCAUAUUAUAAGGGCAACCUCGUGGCUGUAAAACGGGUGAAUCGCAAACGCAUUGAGCUGACUCGAAAAGUCCUCUUUGAACUGAAGCAUAUGCGGGAUGUGCAGAAUGAACACCUGACGAGAUUUGUGGGUGCCUGCACCGACCCCCCCAACAUCUGUAUCCUCACGGAGUACUGUCCUCGUGGGAGCCUGCAGGACAUUCUGGAGAACGAGAGCAUCACCUUGGACUGGAUGUUCCGGUAUUCUCUCACCAAUGACAUCGUCAAGGGUAUGGUGUUCCUGCACAAUGGGGCCAUUUGCUCCCACGGCAACCUCAAAUCAUCCAACUGCGUAGUAGAUGGGCGAUUUGUACUCAAGAUCACGGACUAUGGGCUGGAGAGCUUCAGGGACCCAGAGCCAGAGCAAGGCUACACCCUCUACGCCAAAAAGUUAUGGACAGCCCCUGAACUGCUGCGAAUGGCCUCGCCCCCUGCCCAGGGCUCCCAGGCUGGCGAUGUGUACAGCUUUGGGGUCAUCCUUCAGGAGAUUGCCCUGAGGAGUGGUGUCUUCCAUGUGGAAGGUUUGGACCUCAGCCCCAAAGAAAUCAUUGAGCGUGUGACUCGGGGUGAGCAGCCCCCCUUCCGGCCCUCCCUGGCUCUGCAGAGUCACCUGGAGGAACUGGGGCAGCUGAUGCAGCGGUGCUGGGCCGAGGACCCACAGGAGCGGCCGCCCUUCCAGCAGAUCCGCCUGAUGCUGCGCAAAUUUAACAGGGAGAACAGCAGCAACAUCUUGGACAACCUCCUGUCACGCAUGGAGCAGUACGCCAACAACCUGGAGGAGCUGGUGGAGGAGCGGACCCAGGCCUACUUGGAGGAGAAGCGCAAGGCAGAGGCCCUACUCUACCAGAUUCUGCCUCACUCAGUGGCUGAGCAGCUGAAGCGUGGGGAGACAGUCCAGGCUGAAGCCUUUGACAGCGUUACUAUCUACUUCAGUGACAUUGUGGGUUUCACAGCCCUGUCAGCGGAGAGCACGCCCAUGCAGGUGGUGACCCUGCUCAAUGACCUGUACACUUGCUUUGAUGCCGUCAUAGACAACUUUGAUGUGUACAAGGUGGAGACCAUCGGCGAUGCCUACAUGGUGGUGUCGGGGCUCCCGGUGCGGAACGGGCGGCUACAUGCCCGCGAGGUGGCCCGCAUGGCCCUGGCGCUCCUGGACGCCGUGCGCUCCUUCCGCAUCCGCCACAGGCCCCAGGAGCAGCUGCGCUUGCGCAUCGGCAUCCACACCGGCCCCGUGUGUGCCGGUGUGGUAGGACUGAAGAUGCCCCGUUACUGUCUCUUUGGGGAUACAGUCAACACGGCCUCUAGAAUGGAGUCCAACGGGGAAGCCCUGAAGAUCCAUUUGUCUUCUGAGACCAAGGCUGUCCUGGAGGAGUUUGGUGGUUUUGAGCUGGAGCUUCGAGGAGAUGUAGAAAUGAAGGGCAAAGGCAAAGUUCGAACCUAUUGGCUCUUGGGUGAGCGGGGGAAUAACACCCGAGGCUGACCUGCCUCCCCUCCCGGCCUGCCACAUCUCCCUGCCCUAUGCCGGAGUUGCCCAGAGGUGCCAGGCCUCAGCCUCACCCAGAGCAGCACUACCGCUGCCCAAAGACUGGGGAAGUGGUUUGAACAGCUCAGGUGUGCUGACCUCUGCGGAGACACCAGAUACUACCUCCGAAAGAGACCUGGUGUGGAGGAGAAUUCGGAGCUCGCGGGCCUGGACCAAAGCAGUCAUGACCAGUGGCACACAUGUGGGCACUGCACCCGCUCUGCACCUGGACUCAGGCCAGGCUGGGGUGUGGACUCCUGGAUCCUCCGGCCCCUCCCUUUGUCCUCCUUUGUCAACCUUGCUACACUGUGACCUUGGAGGGAAUAGGAAAAGGGACUCUAGGUGAAUCUUGGGGGUCGAGGGAGUCCACAAAGGGCCAGCCCCCAUGGGCCACAAGCGCCACCCCCACCCUCAGCCCUGGGCCCCAUCACCACCGUUGGAUACAGUGUACAGGAGGGUGGGGUGGCACAGAGGGGCUGCCAGCCUGUAUCCCUUGCUUCUCCUGUGAGCAGAGACCAUUAAAAUCUUCAUUCCAGUGA